CAAAUUUCAAAAACCAGAAGAAAAAGAGAGCAGAAAAAAAAAAGUGUUUCCCCCAUCGCCAUGGACGCCGAAAGGGCUGUUACCGAUCCCUGUCCUUCUUCAAAUAAUCAUGAGAAACAGCUAUCAUGGCUUUGGGUAAUCGAAUCGUUAUCCACAGCCAAACUAGUCGACUCGUCCUUCCUCAACGUUUUAAUCAGCAAGGCUUCACAGUUAACAGAAGACGAAUUGUUUGGUGAAAUGGCCAAGGAAAAGCUUGCUGUGGAUCAGUUAGAGGAUUUGAUUGGGGGAGUUGGUACCUGUAAUUUGGAGAAUGCAAGAUUUAGUUCGAAAUCAGCAAAACUUAGACUAGAUGAAUCUGAGAGAGCCCAAGACGUCCUGACGCGCCUUCUUGGCAUUAUAUGCAAGUCUAAUAUGAAAGUGUCUUUGUUGGAAUCGCUAAAGUCGGAUGUUCAGAAGUUUGUUUUGUAUAAAAGAGCAGUUUUAUCGAAAAGUAGCUUACAACAGCUGAAUAGUAAAAUUGCUUUCACAUGCUCAAGGGAGAUAAGAGGAUUGGCAAGAGAAAAUCAUCCCAACAAGAAAAUUUUGGUCGAUCCUGAAGUUCUUGAUGGUGCAAAUUCUUCAGAGAAACUAUUUAGUCAAAGGGGGGGUUCAUCAGAGAAAGAAGAACAGCAGGACCGUAGAACCAACUGUUUUGGUGGUGGUGUUAAUAUUGGUGCAGCAAAUCGUGAUGCGAGUGUGAAUUAUCUUGAGAUUCAGUCACCGGAUGAAAAUUCGCGUCACCUACUCUCUGAAGAUGGGAAUACACUCUUUCCAGAAGAUUCUUGUGGUAAAGGGUUAAUAUAUACUAGGGAGAGAUCACCUGAAGUAAAGAAGAUUCGAGGUUUGGGUGGACGCGAACUUGGUUUUGAUAUCGUUGGUAAUGCAGCUGAUAGGAGCCUUGAGCAGAGCUUGAAGGAUGGAGGAGUUCGCUUAAAACACCAAACUUCAGCCCCUAUAGUCCCUGAAAAUAUGAAUGAAACUCUGCAAGAUAGUCCUCCUGAUUCCACUCUAGUUUCUAAUGAGAAGGAAAGUAGUUGUCUCCCAGAAAUAAUGCAGGAGCAUUACUUGGAUAAAGGUGAUUCUUGUGGUGACAUUAGUCAACUCAAGCCUUUGCGGCUGAACUCAACUCCGCUUCAUGUAAAUGGCUCUGUACAGGAUCCUUCUGAGAGGGUUUUAGUAUCCAGAGAGAAGGAAGAUAGUGAAUUGGCUAAAAGAACCCUAGUGGGAGGUGUAAAUUUUGUGGACGAUGGUCAUGGUUGUGAGUGUAUCCCUUCUAAAACGCUGAAGAGGAGCAGAGAAGAUGGUGAAAUCCAGCAUACCGAGGAGGUCAUAGCUGAAGAAGCUCUGGACGCGUACCACCUUAAAAGCUCCAGCGAUACCGAGGAGGUCAUAUCAAAAGUUGGUGCAUCUACAUAUACAGCAGUGUCAAGCAAAAAUGAUGAAAAACGAGCUUGUUCCUUCGAUUCAGAGAUGGUUAUAGCUGCUAAGAAGCAAAAGUGCUUGAAUUAUAACUAUCCAUCAAGUCUAGGCGCACAAGUAAUAGGGGAGUGGACAGAAGGAAAUGUAUGCAGAAAAUGUAACAGAAGUGGUGGUAAUCUGUUGAUUUGUAGUGUUGUCAGUUGUCGUGUAGUCGUCCAUGAGAGCUGUGCAGGGUCUUCAGUAGGUGUCACCGAUUCUGGUAAGUACCACUGUCCAAUUUGCUCGUGUGUAGAAGCAAUCACAGUAUACCGUGAAACAAAGAAAAAGGCUUUCCUGGUAGAAAAAAAGGUGUUGUUUCAUAAAAAUCAGUUAUCUAAAUUUAUGUCCAUGUUGAACGAACAAGAGCAACAAUCAUCCGAGGUAAAUCCUGACAAAGAGCUGAUUAAAAAUCAGAGAGAUAUAGAAAAUCAAGCAACUGUAGAGCCUUGUACUUCUGAGCAUAGUGACGAUCUACACCGUAAAGGACUAGAGGAGAGAACUCAGUACUGUGAGAAUGCAUCGACCCUUGAAGAAAGGGCAAGGGAAAAGACCAGGAAACUAUAGAACCGUGCAGUUCUAGUUAUGAUUUAUCCCAGAGAGGAGUGAAAAAGACAACUCGUCAUUGUGAAAAUACGUCAAACAGGGAAGAAAUGGAGAAUGCUAAAUUAAUCAAAGACCAGUCAGGUGUAUUACAGGAAAGAAACAAAAAUAAUGCUACUUCUAAAUCAGCUAGCAUUACAUAUGCAAAGCCUGCUGCUGUCUGUGGGAUGCAUGCAGAUGUGGAAAAAGAAAUAGAAGAUUGGCAGUAUACUGGUAGUACACGUUUGCAACGCUUUGCUAAAAAUGAAAAUGACGUAAAAUCCAUGGAGACCAAGAGACGUCCUAGGAUUUCUACACAGAUGUAAGUGUAUAUAAUGAUAAAUUAAUCCUCUUUUGUCGAUUUUGUUCUA